AUGGACAACCACUCGUAUAACUACCCCUCCGACUGCACCCCGCUCACCAACUGCAAGUCGGGCCGUAAGCCCGUCGGCUCUACCGUGGUGAACAUGGGCCAUACCGGCAAGGUCGCCCCGCGGGACUACCUGGUGUGGUCGCUGUGCAACACCCUGUACGUCAACUUCUGCUGCCUGGGCUUCAUGGCACUCAUCUACUCCAUCAAGGCCCGGGACCAGAAGACCCAGGGGAACCUGCAGCAGGCCCAGGAGUGUUCGGAUAAAGCCAAGUGGUACAACAUCCUGGCUGCCGGCUGGAAUCUGCUGAUCCCGCUGCUCUUCAUCGUCCUGCUGGUUCUCCUCCUCGUCCAUCUCGGCUCCUCCAAGGGCUCCUACGACUUCUUCGGAGAGGACGGCUUCCAGAGCUUCAUGAAGCUCUUCAGCUGGUAGAGACAGACAGAG